UUUUUUUUUUUUUUUUUUUUUUUUCCCGUCUGUUCGCUUUCUUCCCAACUCGUCAUUUUUUUUACGCUUCGUUUUAUAUUCUACACUGUCUCGCCGCGGUUGGUGUGCUGGUGGGGCUUCUGUCAUUGAAGCUUGGGACGUGUAAAAGAGCAAAAGGUGUGACAUUUCGCGCAAUUUUCUCACCUUUCUCGACCAGCGCUCUGCCUCUCGCUCUUCCUGCAUUUUUCCCCCAACUUUUCCCCUUUCUUUCACUCAACUUUUUUUCAACCUAUUUUUUUUCUUUCUUUUUCCCUUUUGUUCUUGCUUUUUCCAUGCUGACACUGCAAUUACUCGCGGUGACGCCGCUCGCUGCGCUUUUCACCCAUGCCGUCGUCUCGGGUAUGCGCACUGUUGCAGGAGUGUCGCAGCUGCCUGCCAGAUGGCGCAUUGGCUCUGUGCUCUUGCUUGGAAUUGUCCUGCAUUUUGUCGGUUGGAUUGUCCUCCAAUGCGUUCUGGCCUGGCCGGCCCACCAACCGCAUCUGGAACGUCUUGUUCUGCCACUGCCGCCGAGCGUCAGUCGACUCGUUGGACAUUGGAUGGAUUUUUCAAUGUCCAGUGCUCGAUACUGGGCCAGCAGGGUCUACACCCCUGGAUUCGACCUGUCUGGUGGUCUACCAAUGAAAAACGCCGUUCCCCUGCCAUCUGCCUCGAACGCAUCAUCUGAGAUUGCGCAAAACUGGCUGCUGCUUGCGAGCGAGUCUUCUGCAACCUACCCAACGGCGGCGCUCGGACAUACGUGCUCCAUGGUGCUGGGCAUGUUGAUUUCUGCGUUUGUUUCACGGCUAAUUGGCGAGGCCAACCCGGACGCCCCUCCGCAUACUAUUGAAAAUUACCGCUCCAUCGCAAAAAGUUCCUUCCUCGCCACCUUUACGCUCGGGUGCUCGCUGUGGUUUUACUACGUGUUUUGCACGUUGCCUUUUGUCGAAAUGCGCCAGGCCGACUGGACGUUCUGGGAGUGCUUCACGUUGGCGAUCGCGCAUUCGGUUUCGUUUUCGCUUGGAGGCAUGUUGUUUGAGUCCGUUCUGCCACGAUCGGUUGCGAGCACACUGCAGUCCAACUCGACGUCGCCUUCCCUGACCAAAUCCAAGCCCGCUGAACCGAGGGUUUCCGCACCAUCCGCAAUGGCGUUUGCUCGCCGCUACCUCUCCACGUUGACGGUCGUUUGCGUCGCACUUGGCUUUGCUGUUGUGCUCGGGCUGACAGACCCCGUGAAAAUGAUUCCCCAUGGCGAUGUCGGGCUUGUUUCAGUGCUGGUCGGGGCCAUCGUCCAUUCAUCGAUCUUUACGCACACGGCUACUUGGAAGGCGCUUCUGAACCGAGGCACUUUGCGAUGGCAGUCAGCGUUUGUCGCAAUUGUGGUCAUCUCAAUCUCGCCCUCAUUGAUGGCCGCCGCUCUACACCUGUGUGCGCUCGGUGGAGCUGGGGUCUGUGCACUAGGAUGCCUCGGCGCGGGACGGUGGCUUUGCAGGAGCGUCUUUGGGCAUGCUGCAGCAUUUGCAACGCUGGACGCUGCGCCAAUCAACACUCGAGGUCUGCAAGUCCGCCAAGUCCAAGACGAGGCCAAGCACACGUGGCGCACCGCCUCGUUUCCUCCUGGAUUCCCAAACAGCUGGUACAAGCUCACUGACAGUUGGCACGCUGUCGUCGGAAGAGCGGUUCCAGUCGUUCUCAACGCGCUCGGGGCUCGCUGGUCUGUCUGGCGAUCCCAUGAUGGGAGCGUGAUUGUGCUCCGAAACGGCUGCCCUCAUGUUGAUGAAGCUUCUUCCCAAGCCCACGGCUCGUGCCACGGUGAAGGCCUCCGACUGCAAUCCGACAAUUCGAUUGUCUGUGAAACGCACGGCUGGGUUUGUCGGCCCCUGCAUGUCGGGGGAGGUUUCCACGAACAGCAGCAAGUUGCAGAGCUCCGAUGGCAGUCUGCAGCAUCGACCUCCAUUGUCCACGCGCCUUCUGUCUGCGUUUCCGAGUACGCAACCAUGAUUUGUGUGUAUUUCGACGCCGAAGGGCGCCCGGCUCCGUAUCUGCCGCUCCCCUUGCCCGAAAUCGACUCUGGCUGGUACAAGUACCGCGGGCAAGCCAGUCAAGAGACACCCAUGCACAUCCAAGACUUUGUGGAGAAUGCUGCCGAUUCCGCUCACUUUAACUAUCUGCACUGCAAACUCUCCUUCCCCGUCGCCGGAGAUUUGACCUUUAUUCGGCAUGAAACGAGCUGGGAACCCAACCCUGACAUUCCUCACCUGAGCUACUUUAACGACGUGGCAGACUUGUACAGCGUCUUUUCGCCACAGCCGGCACCCCGACCCGUAUCGACGCGCGUAACAUUCAACGGCUGUGGCGGAGUGGUCUACUUUCGAUUCACCACGCCGCAUGGCGACAUUGUGCUGCUCAAGACCUUCCUUCCGCUCAGUCCUCUGAUGCAGCGCGUGCAGGAUGUGUGGUAUGCGGAUCCGCGCAUUCCCCGCCUGCUUGUUCGGUAUAUCGUCAUGGAGGCCAUCAAUGCCUUCCGCGACGACAUUUCCGUGUGGCAAAACAAGAUUUACUCUUUCACGCCGCUGCUUGUCAAGGGCGACGGUCCCAUUGCGCGCGUGCGUCGCUGGUACCAGCAGUUUUACAGCGAGCACAGUCGUGCUGUGAGCGAUGGUGCAUGAGUAUUUUGGGUGUUUCGUCCUCCUCGGCGUCUUUGUAAAAAUGCAAUCCACUUUUUUUUUCCGUCGUGCUUUCAUUGUCCAAACAAACAGCAAAACCUGUUCAAAACACAGCAAAAAACAAAAAAAAACCAUGUCGCAACAGAAGGAAAACGCCACGACAGAAGCUCGCCCGGAAUCGACCGACAAGCAACCGGAAACGCAUCGCGAGGACCAUCACUUGCACCACGUCCAUGACUAUCCAUGGGACCAUGCAUACGAGCACUCCAGCUGGCGCAGAAGCGGGACGGCGAGCACUUUGUCCACUGAAAUGCAUCAGGGCCCCGACUUGAGCAACGAGAACGCCGGGCCGCUCACGACCAACCAGCGCGACCUGCGCCCACACUCUGGCCCUGGACCCAUCGGAACAACUCCCCCAGAUCACAGUCGAGAGUACCACGACAAGUCGCAUCCCGGAAAUCCCGUCUGAAUUUGAAUGCAAAAAUCAAUAAAGUCGAAAAGGUCAAAUCUGAUCGCCGUGCAACACCAAAAGUCAUGAAACUCAAUAAAGCAAGCAAACAUGGACAUUUGAGAAGCA